CCGGGCCCAGACAGGCAGGGAGGACCAGCCCGCCUCUGCCCGGGGUGUAGGGAGUCCCUCCCAGGCCACACUCAGGGGCUCAGGUCUUCUUCCAGGAGCGAUGGGAGCCAGCAGCAAGCUCUGAGCAAGGCGGGGGUCCUUAGAUGGGGAGGCAACGUGCCAGCUAGAGAGAAAUGGGGGUGGUUCUUCGGGAUCAUCUGAGAAACACGGCUGCGCAUCUGUGUCCUUGAGGAGCAUCACCCCGAGCCUGUGAGGAGCCAGGGCCACUGGCCUCCCCCGCAGCCCUCACGCAGUCAGUCAACUCCUGGGUCUGCGGCCAAGCGCUGCAAAAACCCUGGGGGAGAUGAGUUUCCUGCCUCCUCUCAGCUUCCAAUCAAUCAUUCAGAGGGGAACCAGAGCCUGCCAGGUAAAGAGAUACGUGAACUCCAGGCAGGAUCACCGCCCCAUCCCACAGAGAUAACUUUUCCCUUCAGGCCGGGGGCAGGGUGUUUUAAAAACAAAUUAUUCUCAUUCAGUCACUGUUUCCUAGCAACCAAAGAAAGCAUCUGUUUCCUGAUGUCUGUGGGCACCAGCCCAAUGAGCGAUGCUCCAGCCACCUCCAGAAGCAGAGAGAAGACAAAGGCACUGGACUCGGUCUUGGUCGCUUCUGGCUCAGAGAGGCUGGGUCUCACGGAAGGAAAUCAGGGGCAGUGUAAGCCACAGACACCUGCUAGCCGGGUAAACCUUUCGUCAUGGAAAGAAGGCUCCUGAAGAAGGAGAUGAAAAAGCUCCUGGGAGAUUAUGUUGGCAUCAGACUUCAGGAAAAUGAAUUUGACCCAAAAGGAAGAAGGCAGCCCACCUUGCUAGAUGACAUGGCUCACUAUGACCUGGCCGUCAGUGCUACGCUGCAAUGGCUGGAUCACUCAGAAGACCUAACUUGGCUGGAACGGGAGGAAGUGAAAAUGCCAUUUCGUGGCAGACCCAUAUAUGCAAACCGCAGGGAACGAGAAGCAAUGAUUUUAUCGUCUUACGCUGGACUCUUAAUGAACAGAAUCCCAAUUGAGGAAGUCUUUACAAUUUAUAGGGCUGGUUCUUCUGCCAAUUCUGGUGCCACCAAGGGUCCGGGAGCGCCGCCGGUGCCCCGCUCCUUGCACCCCUUCGCCAUGCUGACGGCGCCCCAGGCCGCGGAACACGCCCGCAAGCAGGAUAGACAGAUGCGGCCACUACCUGUGCCUGCAGGGGUCAAGCCGAGAAGGGGAGCAGCGAGUUCAAACGCCGCCGCCAGCAGCUCUGCCAGGGAAGCAGGCAUCGCGGCGCGGAAACCGUCGAAGAACGCAUCUGUGGACACACGGCCAAAGAACAAACAUUUGAGAAAUACUCUCCGCCAGUUAAUCAGCUCUGGAUUCGACAAUAGGAAAAACAUGAAGUGAAACGUAAGAGCCUUCCUCUUCACCACACUCCUUCCUGCUGCUCAGAAACAACCACCGGCACCGCUUCGUGUGAUGCUCAAAUACUCGCUACACAUGUCACUUAGAAACUUGUAAUUGCACUGUGGGAGUUCGUAACAGAAUCUCUGGGAGAGGAACAGACACAUCACCUUAAAGCUGCGACUCUCGCCGGCACCUUCUCCUUUACGGUCAUCUUUCGAUGCAAAGUGCAUGGAAGUGCUAUUCUGGGUAUCAAGUUUUCUUCUCUCAGAAUCACAUCAUAUGGCUAUAUUGUGGGGGGGGGGGAGUGUGUAUUUUAUGCUGCUUCAUGUGUGAUUGGAAGACUGUGGUUGGAGAGUUCCCAGGAUAUAUAGUAUUUCCAUGUCGGAGCAGGCUGGUCUUGUAGCACAUUUUACAAAUACUUAGCACUGGAUACUGCAGAGCGGUGAGGUAGGAGGCAGUUUUCCAAAGUUCCAGUCCAAAAUAAAAUUCAUCUGUCAUUGAUUGCCUUUACUGUGUUCUCAUAUGGAAACAUUUAAAAUCGUUUCAAUAAAGCAUUAAAAGAAAAACGGGUGCAGGCUUUCUUUCAA